CUACCAGCGGAUUUUAAUAUGGCGACGGUCAGAAUGUACAUUUAACAUUAAAUAGUUUCACCGUAUUUACUACUGGGACUUUAUUAUACCAGUGCAUGACGGGCCACUGCCGAUAUUACCCGGUAACGGUGCACGAUUCCCCGGACGAGCAAUGUGUCAUUGAUGGGGUGUCGGGAUACGGUCGUGUUCCGUUACGCGUCGUCUGUUUGCCAGAUAACUGUCUUGACGUCGGUACUGUACGGGGGGACGGAGCCAGAGAGAUAGUCCCGGUGUUAAGUGCUAUUGUUUAUAUACAGCGGUGACAGACAUACAGACACCCUUUGGUCAGAUGUCAUGUUGAUGUGUGGCCUUCCUCCAUCGUAUUUUAUCAUCAUGGACAGACAGGUGAAGACCACUCCCAGCUGGUAGAGGUAACGGGACGCAGACAGACAGACAGACAACCGUCAGUGUCGUGGACUGUUACUCCCAGCGAGUAGAGGGAUACAGACAGACGGACGGACAGUCAGACUGGCUCUCAGGCAGACAUCUAGCCUAGUGGAUGGACUUCCUCUGACGUCAAAGCUGACCCAAGCCCGGUCCAGAGAAAGAUGAUUGGUGCCCCAGACGUGGUGGCGUUUACUAAGGAGGAUGAUUUUGGGGAGGUAGGUUACCCCAACCCCUGGGUGGUGCCAGAAGAGUUCUCUGUCCCUCUGUUCCCAUCGAAUAACAACGCCAACCCCUGGGCCAAGACGUCAUACGCCAAGUUCACUAAGGACUUCAUCCUCAUAUCAGAGUUCUCUGAGCAGGUGGGCCCCCAGCCUCUGCUCACCAUUCCUGAUGACCCAAAGGUGUUUGGGACCUUUGACCUCAACUACUUCAGUCUGAGGAUCAUGUCUGUUGACUACCAGGCCUCGUUCGUAGGACACCCCACCGGCAGCGGAUACCCACGACUCAGUUUUGUGGAGGACUCCCGGGUGGUGCUGGGUGACUCUAAGGAGGGGGCGUUUGCCUACGUUCACCACCUGACGCUCUAUGACCUGGAGGCCCGGGGCUUCGUCCGCCCGUUCUGCAUGGCCUACGUCUCUGCCGACGAGAGGAAGAUCAUGCUGCAGUUCCAGGAGCUGUCGCUCCUCUUCUCCCGCGCCUCCGAGUGCCUGAAGACUGGAAACCGACGGGCCUUCGCCCGCGAGCUGCAGAGGAAGCUACGUGACCUGGAGUACACACGGUCUGUUCUGCAGAAAGAGGAGGGGCUUCAGCGGGAGGCGGGGCCUCAGGGUUACUCCGCCCGCGCGGUGGACAAGGCCAAUGAGCUUGCGGCGAUGGAGAAGAGUAUCUUCGAGCACCGAGACCUGCUGAGGCAGAUCACCUCGUACCCCCUCCGCCCCCGCCGAGACCCCCACGCCGCACACUGUCAACACUGUGUCACCGAGUCACAGAGACACAGAGACGCACCGCCUGGCCCCGACCGUGACACGGGGGAGGAGGCGGGACAGAGGAGGCAGUCCUACACCCCGCAGCUGAUAAAGGGGAAGUCGGCGAAGUGUUUCGCCAAGCGUCUGAAGAACCUGACGGAGUUGUGCGAGGAGAGGUUCUACGAGGCCACCGUGGAACUACUCAACCACACAGCGGUGUUUCCGGGGGACUUGUGUUACCUGUAUACCCGCCGCCUGGACCGAGCGCUACGCAGGAAGCAGAGCAUCACCAACUUCCUGUUUGAGGAGGAGCUAGGGGAGGAGGAAGAGGAAGUAGCGGUGCUGGGAAGAAUCUUCUGUUCUCUCAAACACACAGUGGGGACGGACUCACAUAUACACACCCCUUCCAUCAUGCUUUGCCCCGAGCCACCGGAGUCUGUGGAGGUGAACCCUCCCUGCCCUGAUAACUCUGCCCAGCAGAGUGAGGCCCUGACCGGGGAGGAGAGACUGGAGUCGUCACUCUCUGAUCUGACCAUGGAGACGCAGGACCAGGAAAGCUCUGAGGAGAAUAAGGACAGCUUUAGUAGUGACAGGAGUGGAGGAGAGGAGGAGGAGGGACGGGAGGGAGGAGAUCAGACCCCUGUUUUUCUGCUGGAGGCUGAGGAGGGGGGAGAGGGUGAGACACACCGUGUGUGUGAGAGGGAGGGAGAGGCAGAAGGAGUGUUGAACAGAGAGAGGGAGGGAGAGGCAGAGGAGGGAGGGGCUGAGACAGAGGAGGGAGGGGCUGAGACAGAGGAGGGAGGGGCUGAGACAGAGGAGGGUGAAGGACAGAGGGCUCCUGACCCUGAGUUACUGGUCCAGAUGGACACGGCCUGCUGCAUGUCUCAGGAGGGCUUCCUGUACAACUCCUCUCCCCCAGACACGCUGCCUGCUUCUGGGCUGCAGCCCGGCUCUCUACCCCUUCCCCUGGUGGUCAACCAGGAGCCCCAGGCCCUGCUGCCGGUCCAGGGGGACUACGGCCUGGGUUCCCCCCACUGCCAGAGCCCUGGGGCUGGGCUGGACCUGCCCGUCUCCUCCUCGGGAGAUACCACCUCCAGGGGUUCGGACCAGGACGGGUGGGACUGUACCAUGUCAGCGUCUACGGGGUCCGAACGGGCCGGCUCACCUCUGGGGUACGGGGGGUUGGUAACGCUGAGGCAGAAGAAGAGGGCCGGGCAGGGAGCGCUCAGGUUUGUGCGUCAGUAUCCGUUUGCCCUGCAUGCCCUGUGGUCCCUACUGAGUGGUCGAACCCUGGUGGUCCUGGGAUCUGAGGAGGGGAGGGUCAGGAGGCUGGUGUCCGCUCUGGCCCUCUACGUGCCUGGACCCGGGCGCUGUGGGGAGAGGGUCCAGCCCUGGCUCUCCUGCCCCUUCAGCCUCACUGACCUACAGCGAUGGAAACUCAUAGGACUGCAGAGGAUGGCGUCUCCCGUGGGGACCAGCAUGCUCUGCUCUCUGUCUCGCUACAGCCGUUACAUCUCCGUCCUGGACGCCGACCGGAAGACCCUCCGUUGCCCCGGCUACCGCGGAACCCUCCUGGCCAACGUGGCGGACCACCGAACCCGUCUGCGUCGAGGUUCCACCUACUUCCUUCAUCUCCAGAACGUGCUCAGUAGACUGGCUUCCCGGGCCUUCCUCCUUAGCUUUACGCAUCACCUCCACCUUCCCAUCAGCCACCUGGAGCAGAGACAGGAAGUGGAGGAGAGGACGAGGGGCUUCCUGAGGGAUCAGCUCAGGCUUGGGGAAGACGACUGUUCCAUCCUGAUGUACCUGAGUCAGCUGAUCACACAGCACUACCUGGACAGUACCCCAGGAGGAGCUGUUACUACACAACCCCACCUGGAGAAGGACAACACGCCUGGAACCAACCAGCAGCACCUGGACAGUACCUCAGGAGGCGCUGUUACGACACAACCCCACCUGGAGAAGGACAACACGCCUGGAACCACACAGCAGGACCUGGAAGCUAACAACAUACUAGACCCUGCCACUGGGGGUGCUAUAACCCCAGAGCAGUACCUAGACCCUACCACUGGGGGCACUAUAAACCCAGAGCAGUACCUAGACCCUACCACUGGGGGCACUAUAAAACCAGAGCAGUACCUAGACCCUACCACUGGGGGCACUAUAAAACCAGAGCAGUACCUAGACCCUACCACUGGGGCGCUAUAACCCCAGAGCAGUACCUAGACCCUACCACUGGGGGCGCUAUAAACCCAGAGCAGUACCUAGACCCUACCACUGGGGGUGCUAUAAACCCAGAGCAGUACCUAGACCCUACCACUGGGGGUGCUAUAACCCCAGAGCAGUACCUAGACCCUACCACUGGGGGUGCUAUAACCCCAGAGCAGUACCUAGACCCUACCACUGGGGGUGCUAUAACCCCAGAGCAGUACCUAGACCCUACCACUGGGGGUGCUAUAAACCCAGAGCAGUACCUAGACCCUACCA